AUCGCCUUCAUUCCCAGGCGAAGACCCUGAAGAACAAAAGGCAGUUGCUGGUGAAUCCAUGGCGUGAUCCAAGCAUUUCCCGGGACGGGAGGAGUGGGAGCUGGGUGUGCCUGUUGCUGGAGCAGGAGUGGGUGGGCAUCGAGCAAAGGAGCAGCUCUGGCUGGCGAGGUGGGCAGUGCCACAGCCAUGGGGGUGACCUGACCCUGCAGCCUGGGCGUUCUCCGGGGCAGCUGCAGGCCUGGAGUGAGCAAACCCCGGAACGCUGAAGCCACUGGGUGAGGACAUCACACCAGGAGCCCAGGGGACAUCUCCAAACCCGUCCCUCUUCACUGCACCCCCGGGCUCUUCCUGCUCAAAGGGUGAAAUCUUCCCAGCUGGUCAGCAUGUUUAGGAGAGACUUGAGACCCCAUUCUUGCUUCUUCAGCUUUCUGGUCGGUCUGUCCAGGAGUCUCCUUGCCUUUGCAGCCCUUGCUAAGAACCAGACUUCCACAGGCUGUGUGUGCCUUUCUCCAGGUUUUGCUCCUGUCACCAUUGAGACCCCGGGACACACGUAUGAGUAUGUGGCCACUGCUCUGGACUGGUGGCAAGCUGACAGGUACUGUGAGCAGCACUUUGCCCAGCUGCUCCUUGAGCCCCAGGACGGUGAGCAAGGCUCCUUCAGCAAACUGCUGCAGUCCCACCACAUCAGAGGCUCUGUCUGGCUGAAGGAACGGGGCAGUGUCCUGCACAAAACAAAGAGGAGACGUGGCCACACUGUGCCAGUCCUGGUAUUCAGAGACAAAACAGACACAAAAUACGUGAAGGUGCUCUCCGAGUUCCCGGCACUGCCCGCUGUCACAGCCUGUGCCCACCUGCAGUGGGACACCAGGACGCAGGAGGUGGCCACCAUCUUCUCCUACGCCGUGCCUGCUUUCACGAACGAGUUCCAGCUCCGUGGCUUGGUGGACGAGGAGGGCUUUGUUCGCUUUGCUCUCAUCGUCCACGGGCACCACUCCCCUUACCUGCCCGUGUUCCGUGCUGACGGGCAGUGGCACCACUUCUGUGUCACCUGGCAGCAGCAGAACGGCACCUGGGCCAUCUACACCGACGGGAAGAGGAGGGCAGCAGCCAGUGGUUUGUGUUCUGGGGGGCCCACUGCCCCCCAGGCCAUCUCCGGCCAGGGCACCUUCAUAAUUGGGCAGGACCAAGAUUCCCUGGGGGGCACCUUCAGGGCACAGGAGUCCUUCAGUGGGAACAUCACUGACUUGCACAUCUGGCAGAGGGUCCUCAGCAGCGAGCACAUCGAGAAAGCUCGCUCCUGCUGGGUGGAGGAGCAGGACCUGCUUUUUGGGUGGAGCUCAAAUGCCCUGGAAGUGGAGAGCACCGUCCAGGCAGUGGCCACGCAGCUUCUUUGCCCAGGGCCUGUGGAGGAAUGCAGAGUUUUGGAAGUUGGCAGCAGUGGAUUCAGCUACGCAUCUUGUUUGCAGACUUUGCCUUUCAUCUGUCACUACAGCAAGGAUGCUUACUGGCAGCUGAAAAGAGCUCAGCUGGAGGCCAGCCACUCGCUCGCCAGCCGUGUGAACACCCUCGCAGUGAGGACAGUGAUUCCUGACAGCGUCUUCACGAGUGGAGUGCAAGACAUGAACCUCUCCGUGGCUCUCGAUGCUCUUGAUAUCUUGGCAACUGUUCUGAGAGCAGGAGAAGUGCCCGUGCUUGAGCCAUCUGACCUCCUUGCAGUCCUUCAAGUACUAAAGCAAGUCUCAGAUUUGGAAAUCCAGGAGGGAGACGAGCUGGAGAUGUUGGAGCAGUUGGGCCAGUAUUACAUGGAAGUAACUGAGUUAAUUCUGGAAGAGCAGAACACUGGGACGUGGUCACUGAUCAGCCAGGUUAUCAGGGGGCCCAUGGCUGUGGUUGAGCUCUGUGACAGAAUGGUGUCACUCCUGGUCCCGCUGCUGACCACAGAGAGGACAAAGAUCACCAUCCAGCAUGGGAAUAUUGGGAUGGAGGUGAGGGAGCUGGAGCUGGGCGAGCAGGAGCUCAGUGGGGAGGCCUAUGUGGUGCAGAGCCCUGAGAAAGGCAGGCACGACCUCAUCGAAGUUCCUGUGGAAGAAAUGCAGAGGCUGAAAUCCAGAGGUCUGCGCAGGGUCACGGUGAAGAACAUGUGGUUUGGCUACGGCUCCCUGCAGCGCUGCCUGUCCGGCGCCAGCGCCGUGUCCCGGGAGCCGGCUGGCCCCGAGGGGGGACACAAGUCCCCGAGCACGGCGGUGGGCACAGCGGUGGGCACAGCGGUGGGCACAGCGGUCAUCUCGUGCACCCUGCUCAGCGGCCACCAGGAGAUCAGCGCGUCCGUGCGCUACCGCCUGCAGCACCGCCUGCAGGACCUGCCCGAUACCCUGGUGGGACCCGUCUGUGCCUUCUGGAACUUCAGCCUCAGCCCAGAUGCUGGUGGGAUGUGGUCCACGGCCGGCUGCUCUGUGGCCAAGUCUUUCCCAGACUCCACUGCCUGUUUUUGCAACCACACCACCAAUUUUGCCAUCCUGCUGCAGGUGUACGAGAUGGAGAGGACCACCAAGGAGGAGUUCACACUGCAGACUUUGACUUUUAUUGGAUGUGGCGUUUCCUUCUGUGCCUUGAUAGUCACCUUCAUUCUGUUCCUGGUGGUUGGCGUCCCCAAGAGUGAAAGAACAACGGUGCACAAGAACCUGAUCCUGGCACUGGCUGCAGGAGAAGCUCUGCUCAUGUUCAGUGAGUUGGCCAAGCCCAGCCAGGUGCUGUGCUUCAUGGUCACUGCCUUCCUGCAUCUCUUCUUCAUGGCAGCCUUCUCGUGGAUGCUGGUGGAGGGGCUUCUCCUCUGGAGCAAAGUGGUAGCAGUCAACAUGAGUGAAGGCAGGAGAAUGAAGUUCUACUACGUGACAGGCUGGGGGCUUCCAGUCCUCAUCGUGGGGGUGACCCUUGCAACUUCCUUUGAGAAGUAUGUGGCAGCCAACCACUGCUGGCUGAACGUGCAGACCAACGUCAUCUGGGCCUUCGUGGGGCCUGUGCUCUUCAUCCUGGCUGUGAACAGCUUGGUGCUGCUCCGGGUGGUGACGGUGACCGUGGCCAGCGCCCGCAGGAGGUCCAAGAUGCUGACACCCAACAGCAGCCUGGAGAACCAGAUUGGAACCCAGAUCUGGGCCACGGCCAAGCCCGUGCUGGUGCUGCUGCCCGUGCUGGGGCUCACCUGGCUCUGUGGGCUCCUCGUGCACCUCAGCAUCGUCUGGGCCUACGUCUUCAUCGUGCUCAACUCCCUGCAGGGCCUGUACAUAUUCCUGGUCUAUGCUGUCUACAACAGCGAGGUGAGGAAUGCCAUCCGGAGGAUGAAGGACAAGAAGAAAGCCCUGUCGUUCACAAACUGCUCUCAUCCCAUCAACUACUUAUCCAGCCCCAGAAACACAAACUCCUGGGCCACAGGGAAGCUGAGUCCUGCAGCUGAGAGUGCCCUGCCAAGCCCUGAGCAGAAGGAGCCUCCGGUGAAGAGCAUCACCAGCAAAGGAAACUUUGGAGCCAGAAUUCCCAUGGGCAUUUCCUCCAUUAUGGCACCCGAGAGACCGGCCGUAGAGCUGACAGCGUUCAAGAGCUCAGGUUUCUGAGAAGUUUCUGGGUGACGAGCCUGCAGUGCAGAGGGUCCUCCAGCAGGAAGGAUGGCAGGCUGGAGGAGCUGGCUUCCCUUGGAGAGCUUCCAGCCCGGGCAGAGCUCUCACCCUGCACUCCCUCCCAGCCCCACUGCCACCAAACCAAGGCAGGGGCAUGAGGGUCUCAUGGGGCUCUGCCUGCUGCUGACGACUGCCCUGCUCCUCCCCAGGGUGGGUACCUGUGUUCUGGGGUCCCCACGGCUGCCAGGGCAGCCAGGACUGUCCCUGUCCCUGUCCCUGUCCCUGUCCCUGUCCCUGUCCCUGUCCCUGUCCCUGCUGGCAGCACUGGCAGUGCAGGGCUGUGGCUCUCGCUGCUGCUGCUGCCUGGGGGAGCUGGAGCAGCAGGAUGGGGACAAGCCCAGCUUUGUCCCCGUGGGGUGGCAGCCGUGCCCAGGUGCUGCCCACGCUGCCCUGGCACUGGGGAUGGGAGCACCCUGAGCUGGGGCAGGGCUGGGACGGGCUGUGGAUGAAGCACAUGCACUGGGGAAGCCAGCAGCUGGCUUCAAGCCUUUUCUAAACCAGCUGACAUCAAUAGCAUCUUCUGCUGUUUAGGACAAAAAUCCUCUCCCUGCUCCUGCUUGGGUUCCUGCCCGGCCUGGCCCCUCGCCAGCUGGGAGCUGCUUCCCUUCCCUCUUCUCCCCUUACCUCUGUAGUGUUUAGAGCACAGAAAAUGUGGUGGGUUUUGCUGAUUACGACAACAGUAAAUGCUGAUUUUAAAGACAACCUCCUCUCCUUGUUGCACUGUCCAAGGGGAGGGGCUCAUGUCCAGCUCUGUGGCUGAGCCCAGAGAUGGGGGUUUGGCCAUGUGCAAGGACCAGGGCACUGCCCACUGAUUGCACAUAAAUGUUGCUGCUCCUGCACUCACUUGCAAAACACUUGAAGAGUCACUGUGGCAAUUCCUAGCAGCACUUUGAACCAGUCUGGGGUCCCCAAUGCCCAGAAGCAAAGGCG